UGUAUCGAAAUAGUAGUAUUUGUGUUGUAUUGUAUUUUGGUUGUGAAAAGUCAAAAGUGGGCUAGACUGAAGAUAUUAGGGCCUUAAGCCUUAGUUUAUAAGGGCAUGCCGUGGGUGAAAAUGAAUAUGUAUGCUUAAGAAAGUCAAUGUUAACUUUUGGUCCAAAGAAUACACUACUGGAGUUAGCACUGAGGCCCUUUUCUUCAGAUAAUUGUGUUGAAACAGAAGGAACCAAAAUUCAAAUGAUGUGAUUGAUUUUGAUCCUGUUUCAAAUCUUCUGCAAGCACAAUUCCAACAAAAUGAGUAAAACAUACGAUGGAGUCUACCAUGAAAAACAGGUGAAGGAGCUGUGUGCCUUGCAUGCCCUUAACAACCUGUUUCAAAAGAAACAAGCGUUUACAAAGCAGGAGUUGGAUGAGAUAUGUCAGUCGCUGUCACCUGAUGUUUGGAUAAACCCCCAUCGUUCACUGCUAGGCCUCGGAAACUAUGAUGUGAAUGUCAUAAUGACAGCGCUACAGCGACGCGGCUGUGAAGCGAUAUGGUUUGACAAGCGCAAAGAUCCUUCAUGUCUACAACUGGAUCGUAUCUCUGGGUUUAUACUGAACGUGCCAAGUGACUAUCGGCUGGGCUUCGUGCUGCUGCCACUGCGGCGUAAACACUGGGUCGCGAUCAGACAGGUCGCAGGGACCUACUAUAACCUGGACUCCAAGUUAGAUUCACCAGUGCUCAUCGGACUGGAUGAAGAACUUGUGACUUACUUGAGACGACAGUUGGAGAACAAGGAGAAGGAGUUGUUCAUUGUGGUCUCCACGGAAAACAGUGAAAAAUGGUUGAAACAGGCAGAAGAGAUUAUUCCAAGAUAGCAAUUUAUUUAGAUGACGGUGCGCAGGUUACCAGCUCAACGGUUAUCUCAUCGUGGACCUAAUUUUUGUGAUUCACAGUUAUUUUUCAAAACACAUUUUCAAAAUUAGUUAAUAAAGUAAUUUUACAGAAAUAUAAGAUGAGUAUAAGUAUAGUUCAACUAUAAAUGAAUAGUAUUUGUUUUCGUUAUUAGUUUGUUCCAUUUCGAUGUUGUAAUAAUUUAAAAUUAUUAAUUAACUUAUAAUUUUGUUGUAAAAUGAGUUGUGUAUUAUAUACUAUCUGCAGUG